AGUAGUAGGAUAGCCAUAUUGGCUGUUUAUAAUAGAUAAUAGGAAACAGUAGGCAUACCAUUUACUACAUAAUGGUUGAACUCAUAGACAAAAUCUUUUUGCAAAAUCUCUUUAUUCCAUUCGUCAAUUUCCUUUAAACUCUAGACUGAAUUGGCAGCAUAGAGAGGAUUUCUGUGACGCAUGGAAAACCCAUCAGAAAAAUGUCUCCGAGUUGCAUAAGACUCUAUUUUGGGGUUUCUGAGACUGUUCCGUUCAUUCGUUUACGUUUGUUUUUUCCCUCGUCCUUUUCUGUUACAUUCGCGACGCCCACUCACUACUGUAACCACAGAAGCCGCGCACGCAGUGAUCUGAUUGGGUGCUGCAGAGCGCGACCCGUUGUGAGUCUAAGGAGGCUUUAUAAACAGAAGACCCCAUGUGUCCACUUGAAACUUGACAUCUUGAACAGUUUAAGUAUUCUAUUAGUCAUCGACGCAUUAUUCCCGCUUUUCAGAAUGUCUACAGAAAACUUCAGAAUGCCCACAGACAACUUUUCAGACUUGGAGCAGGAGCUAACUGAUCUGCUCCAGGAGUUCGCUGAUGUGGUUGAGGAGUUGAGAGAGCCUUCACAAAGCGUCCCGUACGCAUACGAGCGGCUCCUGUCUGAAGCCAAACGGCGCACCGGGCUAGGGGACGACGGCUCAGUGGUCAGCGACAGUGGCGUGGAGGACAAUAGUGACUGCAGCAGUGAGGUGUCUCUGGGUAACAGUUGGAACACCAGCGAAGAAGAGCUCCGCACUGCAGGCAUAACAGUGACGCCCAAAGCCAGAAUGGGAGACACAGACGACCUACAGAGAUUCAUCGACAGUUUGGACCGGGAACUAGCUGGAGAACAUGAACCUGUCUCUCUUCAACAGGAGAACAUGAACCUGUCUCUCUUCAACAGGAGAACACGAAUGUGUCUCUCUUCAACAGGAGAACAUGAACGUGUCUCUCUUCAACAGGAGAACAUGAACCUGUCUCUCUUCAACAGGAGAACAUGAACCUGUCUCUCUUCAACAGGAGAACAUGAACCUGUCUCUCUUCAACAGGAGAACACAAACGUGUCUCUCUUCAACAGGAGAACAUGAACCUGUCUCUCUUCAACAGGAGAACAUGAACCUGUCUCUCUUCAACAGGAGAACAUGAACCUGUCUCUCUUCAACAGGAGACCAUGAACCUGUCUCUCUUCAACAGGAGACCAUGAACCUGUCUCUCUUCAACAGGAGAACACGAAUGUGUCUCUCUUCAACAGGAGAACAUGAACCUGUCUCUCUUCAACAGGAGAACAUGAACCUGUCUCUCUUCAACAGGAGAACACGAGGAGAACAGGAGAACAUGAACCUGUCUCUCUUCAACAGGAGAACACGAAUGUGUCUCUCUUCAACAGGAGAACAUGAACGUGUCUCUCUUCAACAGGAGAACAUGAACGUGUCUCUCUUCAACAGGAGAACAUGAACGUGUCUCUCUUCAACAGGAGAACAUGAACGUGUCUCUCUUCAACAGGAGAACAUGAACGUGUCUCUCUUCAACAGGAGAACAUGAACGUGUCUCUCUUCAACAGGAGAACAUGAAUGGGUGCCAUUUAAUAUGCAGAUAUGAAUCAAAUCAAUGGGGGAAGCAGCAGAGACUCCACAGUAUAUUGUGAUCAGUAAGUGUUUAUGUCAACCUGCUGUUUCCUGGUGGAAGGCCUUAUAAUAGUGAAACCCAUUGUUAUCACAACCCAAUGUGUUGGAACCUCCCCAUGUACAGUAAUUGUGAAAAUGCUCCGUUCUAUAUUGUAAAGUGCAAAGUGAUGUACAGUAUUAUAUUAUACUAUACUACAAACAGACCAGUCCCUAACCUGAUGAUGAUAAGGAUUUUUGUACAGAGGAAUAAAGAUACGUAUUUA